AUGACUCGUCCGUACAGAUUCCUGAAGACCGCCGACAAGCCGAUGACGGUUGCGGAUCCACCUGAGGCAGUAGCCGUCGAGUCAGAUUUCGUUGUCAUCCUCGCCGCUCUCCUCUGUGCUUUGAUCUGUGUUGCAGGUCUCAUCGCAGUAGCUCGCUGCGCAUGGCUCCGUCGCGGAUCCGUCGAUACCGGCAACCGGAUUCCCCGCCAGCGCUCUGCAAAUAGAGGGUUAAAGAAGAAGACGAUUCAAACGAUUCCAAAGUUUACAUAUGAUUCGGACAAGGAAGAUAAAGGCUGCGGGGGAUGUGGAAAGUUGUCUUCGAGUGACUGUGCGAUCUGUCUGGCGGAGUACGUCGACGGCGAUGAGAUCCGUGUGCUGCCGCACUGCGGACAUGGAUUUCACGCUGGAUGCAUUGACACGUGGCUGAAUUCUCACUCCUCGUGUCCGUCGUGUAGGCAGAAUCUUGUUACCACGAGGUGCAUAACCUGCGGUGAAUUGCCACCGUUUUCCACCGGAAAAACUCCAUUGGCGGCGGAAGAUAAAGGUGGAAAGCAUAGUCAUAGCUCUAGUAGUUCAAGUGAAGAUUUAGCAUGA